UUCACCCCAUCUCAAUUUCCCACUUAUUCCUGAUCGAAGAAUACACUCUAUAGACUUCUCUGCAUUACUUCCCUGUAUUUCUUUUCCUCCCUUUUUAUUUAAAAUUUUUCCAUCAGUGCUCACAUCAUAUUUAUCAAGAUUCUCAUGUUUCAUGCUUUCAAAAAUUUCUUUUGUUUUUACUUUUAUUUUUGUCUUAUUUGGCUCAUCUUUCCCCUUAGUAUCUGGAGAUUCCUCCUCGGCAUUGUGCAUACAGAGAUUAUCCUCUUUUAUAUUUUUACCUUCAUCUAACUGGGAAAAUUUUGGUGUGGCAAUAUUUUGCUUAAAAUCUUUUUGUGCAUUUUCGGUAACUUGACGAUUUUCAUUGGUGUUUGUUUGGAGUAGUGGUAAUAAUUUUUUAAUUUGCUCUAGGGCAGGAUCUUCCAUUUGUCUUACUGAAACAUUCAUUGGUCU